AUGCAACUCAACAGCGAGAACCCGGAACCUAAGCCGAUAUGCCAAAUCAUCACUCCAGUGGGGAUGCUAGGCUACGGUUUCGACGAAGCCCUCACGCACUACGAACUGUCCCGCCUGGUACCAACCGGCAUCCCAACAGCUAUCAUCUUAGACUCGGGGUCGACAGAUAGUGGACCGCAGAAGCUCGCUUUGGGGUCUAUGUCGUGUCCGAGGUCGGCUUAUGCAAAGGAUCUUGCCAAGCUCCUCCGGCUUGUACACACGUUUCGUGUCCCGUUGAUCUUUGGGUCUGCUGGUGGCGAUGGGACAGAUGAGCACGUUAAGGCUAUGGGUGAGAUUAUAGAAGAGAUUGCGGCGGAAGAGGAGAAUAAGGACUAUGCUUUCAAUACGAUAUCGCUAUUCUCCAAUAUCAAUAAGGCAACGAUCCUCGAGCCCCUUAAACAAGGCCGUCUAACCGGCUGCGGCCCCUGCGUUCCACCAGCAACAGAGCUCGAGAUCAAUGACUCCCUCCGCAUCGUCGCUCAAAUGGGCUACGAGCCCUUCUUCGACGCCAUGACCGCCAAUCCCGGCUUCAACAUCAUAAUCGGCGGACGAGCCUACGAUCCAUCCCCAUACGUCGCAUUCUGCGUUUAUCAACUCACACGCCAGUCAAACCAUCUCAGCACAGAAGAACUUCACUCUAGACUUGGUGGGUUCUAUCACAUGGGUAAGAUCUUGGAAUGUGGAGGACAGUGUUCAUUCCCGAAAUCCCAUGGUGCUGUUGCUACUGUUUAUGACAACGGUUUAUUCGAUGUUCGACCGACGGAUCCUCAGUCUAUAUGUACGUCUUUAUCUGUUGCUGCGCAUACUCUGUAUGAGAAUACGAGGCCGGAUGUUCUACGAGGGCCGGGCGGAUCACUACAUCUCGAUCAUUCAAAGUAUGAGCAGCUGUCUGAUGGAAAGUCUGUAAGGGUGAGUGGUAGUGUCUAUCGCUCGUCAGAGUCAGAUGGCAAGCCUUACCAACUCAAGCUCGAGGCUGCACGUAUCGUUGGUUAUCGCUCCAUGUUUAUGGGUAGUAUCACAGACCAUAUCCUCGUUUCACAAAUCGACAAACUAUUGGCCCGCGUCAAAGUCUACGUCGACCAACAACACCCCGAGAUCACUGGUCAAUGGAAUCUCGGCUUCCAUAUCUACGGCAAAGACCAAUACACGCAAGCCGGGCCAGGUCAACUCUUCAUCGUUGCUGAAGCACUCGCGCCGACACAGCAGUUGGCUAACAGUAUUGCCUCUAAGGCUAGAGUAGGAAUGAUUCAUGCACCGUAUCCAGGGCAGAAAGCGACUGCGGGUAACUUUGGCUUCGGCCUUGGUGGGCUCAUGGAGAUUGAACUUGGUCCUUGUGCUGAGUUCUCGCUGUACCAUCUCAUGGACCUUGAGCCUGGUGAGGAAAGGUUGGCUUUGGGUGGUGAUGGGUCUGUGCUCAAGGGGUCGUUGCUGAGAGGAGCGGUCUCUCGAAUUGGCAAAGGGUUCAUGAACGGGGCUAACGGGACGAACGGGCACAAUACUGUGUCUGAGGUGGAUAGUAAGCCUCCUCAGCGAACGAGCACAAGUCCCCAGCUUUCGCCUAGUCCCCCAAACCAAGCUAUUCAGAAACCCGAGACGCUAUCAGACUUGUGCCGCAUCGUCCGAUCUAAGAACGCUGGUCCAUACGAGAUCACGAUAGAUGCCAUGUUCGCUUCCAACGAAGCUUAUGAAGCCGUCAAAUCCUCCGAUCUCCUCUCACCCAGCAACGUUGCGAAAGCCAUUGGCAUCUCAGAGGAAGAUAUCAUCUGGAUUGGCUUCUUCGAUCCUGCUAUCUCUUUCAAGGUGACAAUACCCAGAAUUCGAUCGGGCAAGAAGAAAUCUGCUGGGGGGUUCAUGGAGAACGAUAUUCAUGGGUCGCAGGAGCACAUGGGCUUAGCAAGCAUGAAGCUUCCUGAAGGAUUCAACUUCUAG